AGACUUGUUAUACAAAUUAUUAAUUUCAUAAGGCUUUGCAACUUCCGAAUUUAGUCGAGAGCUACCACUUGAACUUAAAUGAUAAAAUAUAAAAAGUUCGAUUGAUUUAGGUGCCGAAUCCAGCCAGACAAUCCGUUUCGUACUCUAAAUUCUAUGAACGUUUAUAAAUGUUGAAAGGAUAAAUCUACAUUUGAAUUCAUCAGUAACCGCACUGGGUUUUAUCUGUAGACCAGGUUCAGUCAUAAGCUGUCAUAGGAGGCCAAUCUACAAUUGGUGGCAUUCCGAGCGAUCAUUGGGAGCGAGUGGUAAAUUCAUCGAGUGGAACAUCAGUGCCUGCAAAGUGACUGUGGAGCAUGUGACAUUUACAUUGUAGUCUAGUGGCCGAGUGCAUGAGAAAACUGUUUAACCUGUAUUUGUGAGUACCAAUAAUGGAAGGCCAAUAUUUAUUAAAUUGCAGUUGAAUUUCUUUAUUAAAUUGUAAAUAAUCCUUUGUGGUUAGUGUUCUGUAAAUAAUUCGUUGUUGUUUUGAAACGUUGUUCAUAAAUGCAAUUGUUUAAAUAUACUGGGGAAGUCAUAGUAAUAAUUGCAUGAUACCUUUUUUUUAAGGAAAUUUUAAUACGUAUACCUCGGUAGAGGUUUCUUUAAAGCAACUUUACUAUUCUUAAAUACUUCAUAAUAUUUCCAUCAUAUUGAAAACAUAAAAAACAGGAUAUAUUUUAUUUGUUUUCGUUAUUGCAGUACUUUUCAGUGGCCAACUAGUUUUAUUUCAGAAGUGUUGAUUGUCCAGAGGAGGUGACCAGCAUUCAAAUGACACAAAUAUUUAUUUAACAGCAAGUUCAUUUUCAAUCGUGCUGAAUGCUACACUUACUUGGUAUUUUUCGUUGGGGGGGGGGGUUACUUGACAGUUCAUUGUUGACACGUUAAGUUUGACCUUGUCAGGAAAUUGUUGACAACAACUAUUCGACCUUGAGAUGUUAUUUUCUGGAAGUAUAGAAAGUUUAUAACUCAUUAAGUGUUUUAUUUUGCAGUUUAGCAGCUGAAUUGCUAAAUUAGUUUUCCUACGUGCUGUAAAUGGUGUGAAUAUUAAUUUAAUUUCUAACUUGUUUUACAAUUUUGGAUUUGCAUGUUUCCAAAAAAUAAUUUUGGUAAUUUGUCACCGUUUUGUAUUGAUUAUAAAAGUAUCAUUUUAUAUAAAAGUCUGUUUUAAUGUGUAGUUAUUAUAUUAACAAAUAAUGGCUAGUAGGUCACAGCAAGAGGAUGACUCGUAUAAGAUUGGACUAUCAAGUGGUGGAGGUGAACAAGAGCGUCCAUUAACAGUAAAGGAACAGAGGCUGCUAGAUGCCCUAAAAGAUUUAAACAUGGAUCCUCAGACAGUGAGACGACUGACAAAGAAAAUAGACGAAGAGAGGAAACCUAGGCUAAACUAGAUGUCACAGGUCAAAGAAUCUUAGAUGGGCAGCAGCACUUGCAGAGUAUGAUUUUGAUAUAUGUUACAGACCAGGCGUGAAAAACACAGAUGCUGAUGCUUUAAGUAGAUAACCACAAGGAAAAGAUACAAACCCUAACAAUCAUGUAGUAAUUGAUAAUAAUAUAGGUUAAGCUAUACGCAAUGCCCUUCAAUGUAUUGAAUGUCAUUUUGAGACUUUGCCAUGUCUUUCUUUGAAUGUAAUAGACAUAGCGGACAAUUUCGGACAACCAUUGGCACAUAUAGAAAUGCGUUAACUUCGGAGAGCACAGAGAUCUGACCCUACUGUCGAAAAAAUGCAGAAUAGCAGAAAUAGAUAAGAUGCUUCCCAAACAAAUAUAUAGAAAACAAGACAUUAACAUGAAGAAGAAUUCUUUACAUUUGAAGAUCAAAAGAGGUAGUUUGUUCAGAGAUAUUCAAGUUAAAGGCGUACAUAUAGAACAAUUAGUUAUCCCUGAAAUGUAUAAAGCUGAUAUUUUGAUAGGUCUUCAUUAAGUAGUUGGACAUCCGGGAAAGAAACGAACGUUGAAACUGAUCGGAGAACGAUUUCUGUUUGGCCCGGAGUGUCAUUAGAAGUAGAGCAAUACAUGUCUAAGUGUGACAGAAGUUUAAGAAGGAAAACAGCAACUAACACAAGAGCACCACUUGUAAACGUACACACAACCUACCCACUAGAGUUCGUGUGUUUGAUUAUCCGUCAUAGGAACCAUCAAAAGGAGGAUACAACAGCAUAUUAGUAAUUACAGACCACUUUACAAAGUACACACUAGCUAUUUCGACCAGGAACCGGACAGCUAAGACAACAGCAGAAAGCUUUCUUCAACAAUUUUAUUAUCCAUUACGGUAUCCAAACAGCACUCAAUUCUGAUCAAUUUUGAAUCAAAUUUAAUCAAAGAGCUAUGUUAUAUCACCAAAAUGGAAAAAAAAACACAUACAUCUGUAUAUCAUCCCCAGGGAAAUGCCGGACCAGAAAAGUUUAAUAGAACUCUACUAGAAAUGCUUGGAACUUUGGAAAACAAACAGAAAGGUAACUUGCAGAAAUAUAUUCACUUAUUAGUAUUUUCCAAAAACUGCACGCCGCAUAAAUCAACUAAAUAUUCACCUUUCGAGUUGAUGUUUUGAAGAAAACCUAAAUUACCCAUUAAUGCUAAAUUUGACAGAUCACAAGAACAAUCAUAUAAUAAGACUAGUCAGAAAUAUAUUCAAGAUUUGAAAAAUGACAAGAGAAAUUGUAGAAAGGUAUAUUUCGAAGGCAAAGGAAAAGCAAAAACAUUCAUAUGACUUUAAAGUAAGAGGAGCCAAGGUUGAAAAAGGAGAUCAUGUCCUGUUUAUAGUUAUGGAUCAUGGUGAAGGAAAACAUAAACUUGCUGACAAAAAUGAAGAAGAACUAUAUGUCAUAACAGAACAAUCGCGAGAAAAUAUCCCGGUAUUCAGGCUGAAAGGCUUAGAAAAUGGUAACACAUAAAACUUUACACAGGAAUCAUUUAUUUCCAGUAAAAACUCAGGAAGAUGUGAACAGUGAGAGUAAACAGUUGGUGAUUGAGCAAGCGGGGAUUUCUUAAAGAAUAGAUAAGAAUGCAUCCGGACGUGGAUUUAUAAAUGAAGAAAAUAGACCGUCAGAUAGACCGUCGAUGAUGAUUGUUCGAGUUUAAAAAACAUGUUCCCAGAACUAGUAUAUGUGGGGACGCCAACAGACUCAAGGAGAGGAGUAGCAACAGAAGAAUGGACUCGAAUGAUAUUGUACAAAGUCAGUCCAUACCCGCUAGAGAAGAAGUGAGUGUGACAGAGAGGGAGGAAUAUGCGAUUGAAAAUGGCCAUCCGGCGGGAGAAUCUGAUACGAGUACGGGUGAGGCGGAGGAAAAAAAUUAAAGGGUUGAAGGUAUCUCAGAGGCUGGGAAUGGAUCCACAAAACCAUGAGUAGGCACAGCAGAGCAGAACAUGACUCAGGACACUGCAGUUCAAGAACAAGAUUGCAAUAUUACAGCGCCAAGAAAGAGAAGACAAUUACCUCUAUAGCCUGUAGGAAAAUCGGAACGGCAAAGAAAAUUACCAGCUAAAUAUGAUGAUUUUUAUAUGUUAAGUUCCAUUAACAGACCAAUUGGUAACAUAUUUCAUGCUUAAGAAGUAUAAAUGUCUUCAGGAAUUUUUAAGAGUAUGGAGUGUGAAAUCGCAAGAACGAUAGUAAUUGCUAUCACGAAGUAAAGUUCUAUGACAAUUUGUAUCAAUGUAAUUUUUUGAUGAAUUUGAGAUGUUUGUGAUGACACAAUUCUCUCAGAGAAGGAGGAGUAAUUUAAUUAUUAUUGCGAUGCUGUAUUAAACAGUAAUGUUUGAAUGAAUUGUCGAUUUGUUGCAGAUAGAACAGUAUAUAUUUGCUGCAUCUGUAUUCAUUAUCAAAUAAUUUACUGAUUUUUUGUUUUUCAGGUUUUAUCUGUAUGUAUUGUGAACAAAUAUUUGAAUAUUAAGUGCGAAUUAUGUAGCUCUAAUAAUUUGUUAAAUAUGUUGACAAUGGACAGAAUUAACAACUGGAUAUAUAUACAUUAUGACUAUGACGGGAUGUCAUUUUCAAAGGGGGGGGGAAUGUGUAACCAGUUUAACGAUUUAAUAGUUGCGUGUAAACUUAUAAUAGUGUAUGCAAACAAAAAUGACAUAUAUAUAUAGACUACAUACUUGUGUCAUAGUAUUUUAAAAUAUUUGGACGUAAAUGCAUGUGGUUAUCGUAAACAUAUAAGUUUCAUUGCUCGGUCGCUGUGAGUUAAAUAUUUGACCAUUGAAUUAUUUAAUUAUCGUAAAUUCAUUUGACAUACGUUUACCGUAAACUGAAAAAAUUAAUAACAACUAACCCUUCGAAAAAUAUUUCGUCACUCAAAUAUGUGCAUAAAUUGUGUUACAUACAGAUGGCAGAAGGCGCUGAGCAGUCUUAAAUGCUAAGAACUGACAUAAUGGCGGGUUGUAACCUCGUACACAGCGAUCGAAUUAUGUUGAAUAUUGAAGAUGCAUCUGUUGAAAUGAGCAAUUUGUUAAACACCCUGGGUUAUGGGCAGGAGCUUAGACAAAAACGACGGGAUUGCUAUAAGGAGUUGGACAGACUCUGUGAGGAAUUUUGGAGCUUUAACACUUUCGAAUGGAUUACAGUCGGAAGUAAGGCAGAGGGGCUUUCUCGUUUUCUUGAAAGUGAUAGGGACGUCUUACUUGUGAUAAAUAAUGUCGAAUGCCUAGAAGCCGGUUGUGACGUAAACUCAAUUCCAGAAAACAUAUCCGUGUUUAGAAUGGAUACACAGAUAUGUUACCCGGGACACUGCAUACUUCUGCUUGAGCGAGGUUUCCCGUUAAUCCUAUUGUUAGCAUUGUGCGAAAAUGCAUAUGGAAGAGUUCUUUUAAGCAGUGACGCGAUUAUAGAUAUACUAAGAAUGGGUCAAUACUUCUUUGUUCGAGAACCCUUUUUUAAUCAACGUUCGGGGCCGUCACUGCCAAUCAGUUUUGGACACUCAAUCUUUGAAUUAGUACCUGCGCUACGUUGCCAUUGUCCUAGCUUGCUCCAGAAAUGGGCAGCAAGAUCUCGACAUUGGCCGCCACCAAAUAUUGUGGAAAAGGUCGUAUCAAUGGAAGCAUUUCUUACUCCUGUUGGCUUUAAAAAUAGCGAAAAUAAGCAUAUUGAAUGGAGGAUUUGUUUCAACACAGGUGAGACAGAAUUGAUGAGUAAUCUUAACGACACACAACUUAAAUUAUACGUUUUGCUUAAAAUGAUUGCGAAACAUGUACUCAAACCACAACAUAAAGAAAUUACAUCGUACAUGUUGAAAAAUAUUAUCUUAUGGUUGGCGGAGAACAACCCACAGUCAGUAUUUCAUGAGAGGAGUCUGUUUUUCUGGGUGCGUGAAUCACUACUUGAGGUAAGAACUGCACUGUCCCAAAAACAACUGCCAUACUAUAUGCUCCCAGAGAGGAACCUAAUGGCAGCCACUGCAAUGACCGAUAUGCAGAACCGAACAUGGAUAGCAACACUCACAGACAUGAUUGAUGAAGGACCAUAUAUAAUACGCAGGUUGCCAAAGGUACGACAAACCAUUAUCUCCCACCCGGAGCCUUUGUUCUGGUUUUACGCGAGAAGAAUCGAACUGGAGAUUAUUGUGCUAGAAAUGUUGAAAAGUGUUACCCCACACAUCGGUGGUAAUGUGUUAGGUCCAAUCGUUCGAAAUGGAUUAUUAAGGCGUAUGGUGGAGAUAUUGCGUGAGGUCUUGGAGUGUUCGGAAGAAGGACCAGAUUUACCAAUUGUAUAUUUGGUUUUCCGUUUAAUAUACAGAGUAUUAAUGGACGAACUUUGAAAAUGUACAUUGUCGAUUAUAUGUUUGUUAACAGAACAUAGUAUAUGUUCAAUACAGUAGGGUUGGGGAUUUUGUUCCGCAAAUCUCUAACAAUCCACUCUAGUGAUUUUUA